AUGUUGUGUGCUGGACAGCGGCGUCGGCGAGGAGACCACGCCCAGCAGCCAGGCGUGUCCCUCCCACCCGCGCGACGAGUCCGACGCCUCCCGGCCCGACGACAGCCUGACGGACGACGUCGACGACCGGCAGUCCACGGCGUCGGCGAGGAGACCACGCCCAGCAGCCAGGCGUGUCCCUCCCACCCGCGCGACGAGUCCGACGCCUCCCGGCCCGACGACAGCCUGACGGACGACGUCGACGACCGGCAGUCCAUGAGUGUUGUAUGUUGUGUGCUGGACAGCGGCGUCGGCGAGGAGACCACGCCCAGCAGCCAGGCGUGUCCCUCCCACCCGCGCGACGAGUCCGACGCCUCCCGGCCCGACGACAGCCUGACGGACGACGUCGACGACCGGCAGUCCAUGAGUGUUGUAUGUUGUGUGCUGGACAGCGGCGUCGGCGAGGAGACCACGCCCAGCAGCCAGGCGUGUCCCUCCCACCCGCGCGACGAGUCCGACGCCUCCCGGCCCGACGACAGCCUGACGGACGACGUCGACGACCGGCAGUCCAUGAGUGUUGUAUGUUGUGUGCUGGACAGCGGCGUCGGCGAGGAGACCACGCCCAGCAGCCAGGCGUGUCCCUCCCACCCGCGCGACGAGUCCGACGCCUCCCGGCCCGACGACAGCCUGACGGACGACGUCGACGACCGGCAGUCCAGCCGGCGGCGUAUGCAGAAACGCGGGCGCUGGCAAAGCGCGCGCUCGUCGACGUCAACAGAACGCUCGGACCGCGGGGGCUCGCCGCCAGCCGCCGCGCGCCGCCGCUGCAAGCGCCGCGCUCACGACCUACAGCCGCCGCCCUCGCGCGACGCGCGCCGCGUGCGUCUCUCGCUCGCCAUGAAGCGCGGCGUCAAGGAGCUGCCGCUGCCGCACGCGCUCAAGAAGUUCGUCAACCUCGGCCGCUGCUUCGAGUUCUAG